AUGGAUAAGGCGCCAGCCUCCGGAGCUGGAGAUUCCGCGUUCGAAUCGCGGCUUGGUCAAUGUUCUUUUUUUUGUGUUCUGAGGACAUGGGCCGACGUGGCACGACGUCCGCGUCCUCCCUGCGAAGUUUCACAUCGAUCCGUGCAGUUUGGAGGCGUCGGCGGGCGACGGCGCGGCGGCAUGCGAUGCUUUAGUGCAAAUUGCCAAAAAAAAAAGUUUGGCGCGAGCAAAAUAUCUUAUGCAUUUGCCUACGCUCACACGCGAAGCCCGCCCUCGGAUGACUUCGCAGGGAGGCGGAGCUCCGGGACACGUCGACGGCACGGGGUCCGGGACGAGGCACUGGAAGCCCGCGCCGGAGGGAAACACCUUCAUGCACGAGGCGAGCCACCCCGCCUCCCCACCACGCCGACGACCCGAAUCGGAUGCGUUCCUCCGCCCUCUCCGUCGGCCCCCUUGCCGCCCUCACCCCCGCGUCGUUUCCACUUGGCAUCGCAGGUGCGCAACUGCUUCAGCAUAUCGAAGCUUAUGGAGUGGAGGGAGGACCCCGCGCGUAAGGGCGAGGCGGAGGCGAUAGACAAGAGGAUCACGGUGCUCAUGGACAUGGCGUACCUGAAGGCGAACGAGGAGAAACUGGGCGAGGAGGCUCUGACCGCGCUGAGGCGCUUCGAGGCGACGCACCGGCCGGAGUUCCAGGCCGACCGACAGCGGCAGAUUAGCGAGGCGAACGUGGCGAGGCAGGAGCGUCGAUGGGAGGCUGACGCCCACGUAGACGACUAA